CAAUUGUGUUGAUGUCCCGAUCCCGAAAUUUGUGGCGCCAAUUCAUAAUCCCCAGUGAUAAUCGAUAAACUCGGCAGAAUGCCGGCGUUUCUCAAACACAUCGAGGUCGAGAACUUCAAGUCCUACAAGGGCAAGCUCAUAAUCGGCCCCCUGAAGUCGUUCACCGCGGUGGUCGGUCCAAAUGGGUCAGGUAAAUCGAACUUCAUGGACGCGAUAUCCUUCGUGAUGGGCGAGAAGACGAGCAGCCUUCGAGUGAAGCGCUUCAGUGAGUUGAUCCACGGGGCGUCGAUCGGCAAGCCAGUGUCCCGAAGUGCUUCGGUCACAGCUGUCUUCGAGCUUGAGGACGGCACCGAGAAGUCCUUCAUGAGAUCGGUCCAGGGAUCGUCCUCAGAGCACCGGAUAAACGGUUCGAUGGUCACCUCCCAGGUGUACCUCACCGAACUCGAGCACCUGGGGAUCAAUGUCAAAGCCAAGAACUUCCUGGUGUUCCAGGGGGCUGUGGAGUCUAUUGCCAUGAAGAACCCGAAGGAGCGGACAGCCCUCUUCGAGGAGAUCUCCAACUCUGGAGCCUUGAAAUCAGAAUACGAACGUCUCAGGACGGAAAUGCUUCGCGCUGAGGAGGAGACGCAGUUCUCGUACCAAAAGAAGAAGGGAUUUGCUGCUGAAAGGAAGGAAGCUAAAUUGGAGAAGGAAGAGGCUGAAAAGUACCAACGGCUGAAGGAGGAGUACGUGGAGAAGCAGGUGGAGCUCCAGUUGUUCCGCCUCUACCACAACGAGCGUGAGAUUGAGAAUCUGGAGAACACACACAAGAAGAAGCAGCACGAGGUGGAGAAGAUAGAGAAGAAGAAGGAGAAGGCCGAGGAGACGCUCAAGGAGAAGAAGAAGGAGGCCGGCAAGCUGGCACGAGAGCUAGCCAAGAUCGAGCAGGACAUUCGUGAGGUCGAAGUGGAGAUUACGAAGAAGAGACCGACAUUCAUAAAGGCUAAGGAACGAGUUGCCCAUAUGUUGAAGAAGGUGGAGUCUGCUAGGAAGUCGCUGGCGCAAGCUAGGACUGCUGAUGAGGCCCAUAAGAAGGACAUUAAUGAAUUGCAGGAGGAGCUUCGUCAGGUGGAGGAAGCCAAAGCUGCUUAUGAAGCCAGCAUUGCGGGACAAUCUCAGUCGCAGGGACGAGAUGUUCAGCUUGAGGAUGAACAGGUGAAGGAGUACAACCGCCUGAAGGAAGAAGCCGGUCGGCAAUCAGCUCGCUACCUCCAGAUGCUGGAUUCAAUAAAUCGAGAGCAGAAAUCUGAUCAGGACAGACUCGACAACGAGAGUCGUAAAAAAACUGAUAUCGAGAACAAACUGAAACAAAAAGGGCACAUGAGAGAUGAAGCUUUGAAGCGUGUCGAGAAAUUGGAGGAGCACAUUAGGACGUCUGAGGCCGCCCUCGAGGACCAGAAGAAACUGCGUCAGGAGCUGCAGUCGGACGUCGGCAGUUCCAAGGACAGGAUCCAGAAUCUCCAAAGAGAACUAGAGAGGAUUUCUGAGCAGCUGGGGGAUGCCAAAGUCGACAAACACGAGGUGUCUCGUACGAAGAAGAAAACUGAGAUCGUCGAGAAUUUUAAGAGACUCUUCCCAGGGGUCUACGAUCGCAUGUACAACAUGUGCGAGCCCAUCCACAAGCGUUACAACGUGGCAAUCACGAAGGUCCUUGGGAAGUACAUGGAGGCUAUCGUCGUGGAUACUGAAAAGACAGCUAGGCAGUGCAUCCAGUACCUGAAGGAGCAGUACCUGGAGCCGGAAACCUUCCUCCCCCUGGACUACAUCCAGGCGAAACCCCUCAAAGAGCGUCUUCGAAACAUCCAAGAGCCCAAAGGGGUGAAGCUUCUUUAUGAUGUCCUGCACUUCUCCCCGAAGGAUAUCGAGAGGGCUGUCCUCUUCGCUACAAAUAACGCACUGGUCUGCGAGACGCCAGAGGACGCCAACAAAGUCGCUUACGAAAUGGACAAAAAGGCCAGGUUCGACUGCGUAGCUCUGGAUGGCACCUUCUACCAGAAAGCUGGAAUAAUCUCCGGAGGAUCCCUCGAUCUCGCCAAGAAAGCUAAACGCUGGGACGAAAAGCAGAUGGCGCAGCUCAAAUCCCAGAAGGAGAAACUCACAGAGGAACUGAGAGAAUCCUUGAAGAAAUCCAGGAAGGAAUCAGAACUAAACACAAUCGAGUCUCAAAUCCGAGGGUUGGAGACUAGGUUGAAAUACAACAAGAGUGAUCUAGCUGCCACCAAGAAGCAGAUAAACGAAUUGGAGAGUGAGCUGGAAGCUCUUCAGACUGAACUCGACAAGUUUGUUCCCACGAUCGCAGCUAUUGAGAAGACAAUGGCAGAACGCGAUCAGGAGAUCCAGAACAUCAAAGAGAAGAUGAAUAACGUUGAAGAUGAUGUCUUCGCGAGCUUCUGCGAGCAGAUUGGGGUCACUAAUAUACGUCAGUACGAAGAGAGGGAACUUCGGUCGCAGCAGGAACGAGCUAAGAAGAGGAUGGAAUUUGAGAAUCAGUGCAACAGGAUAUAUAAUCAACUGGAUUUUGAGAAGCAGAGGGAUACAGAGAGCAAUGUUCUCAGGUGGGAGAGAGCCGUGCAGGACGCAGAGGACAAGCUAGAGUCUGCCAAGCAGACUGAGACCAAUCAAAAAUCGGAGAUCGAGAACGAUGAGGCGCAGAUGGAGGAGUUGAAAUCCCUGAGGACCACCAAGAAGAUGGAGGUGGAUCAGAAGGAGGAGGAGAUUGGAAAGUGCAGGAGGGAGGUGGGGGCCAUUGCUAAGGAUAUUCAGGCUGCUCAGAAGCAGUUGAACAGCAUUGAAGGUAAGAUCGAGCAGAGAAAGGCGGAGCGACACAACAUCCUGAUGCAGUGUAAAAUCGAGGACAUUGCGAUUCCCAUGAUCAGGGGGAAUAUGGAGGACAUCGCUGGGGAUGCUAAUAAUGACACUAAUGGUGACUCGAUCUUGUUGGCGACCAACAAUACUCAGCAGUUCGAGAGGGAAGCGAGGAUCACCAUUGAUUAUUCCUCAUUGUCGGAUAAUCUAAAGGACAUUGAGGACGACGAGGUGAAGAAGACAACGGACAAAUUGAAUAAGGCCAUUCAGGAUAUGCAGAAUAGCAUUCAGAAGAUUCAAGCUCCCAAUAUGAAGGCCAUUCAGAAGCUGUAUUUAGCUAAGGAGAAACUCCAGGAGACUAAUGAGGAGUUCGAGCAGUCCAGGAAGAAAGCGAAGAAGGCAAAGACCAUGUUUGAGAAGGUGAAGAAGGAGAGGCACGACAAGUUCAUGGCCUGUUUCGAACACGUUGCCAAUGAGAUUGAUCCCAUCUACAAAAGCCUGGCGAAGAAUCAGUCUGCUCAGGCCUUCCUGGGGCCUGAGAAUCCAGAAGAGCCUUAUCUCGACGGAAUUAAUUACAAUUGUGUGGCUCCAGGAAAACGGUUUCAACCGAUGUCGAAUUUGUCUGGUGGCGAGAAGACUGUCGCUGCGCUGGCUCUCCUGUUCGCUAUUCAUAGCUUCCAACCGGCUCCCUUCUUCGUUCUGGAUGAGAUCGAUGCUGCUCUUGACAAUACUAAUAUCGGGAAGGUGGCGAGCUACAUCAGGGAUAAGACUAGCUCGCUCCAGACCAUUGUCAUUUCGUUAAAGGAGGAGUUUUACUGUCAUGCAGAUGCUCUCAUUGGGAUCUGCCCUGAGGUCGGGGUGUGUCUGGAGAGCAAGGUCCUCACUCUGGAUUUGACAACUUAUCCAGCAAGCAUCAAUUGAGGAGCUUCGAUAUUUAUUCUUCACUUUUUUUUAUUUUAUGGGGAUUCUAAGAGGACGAGUCCAGUGGGAGGAUCUUCAUUAUUGUAUUUUAGGUUUUAGAGAAUUUUGGAGAAGUUUAUGGUAAUUAUUGCGAGGUUUGUUCAUUGAUGAUGGGGGGAGAGAGUUGAUGAAAAUUGCGCCAACGUUUCUUGGGAGGAAAGGUGAUGUAAAUAAAUAUAUUCGUACAAAAUUUA